GAUUGUUAUUCCCGCCGGGAGUUCCGGCGUAGUGCUGGGUCCGGCGCGGGACUCGCAGUUCCAGCGCCUGCUGGUGCGUUUUGCCCUCAACGGCCACGAGCAUGAGGAGAUUGCUUGCGAUCCCGUGGACAUCGAGACCAACAUCCCUGGAAACUUCCGGCGCGGCAACGCGAUUGUUGCCACGAGGGAUCUUCGAGUUGGCGGCCAGGUGGUGGUCCGGGAAGGUGUGCUUGGAACAGUAGUUGGGCCAAGUACCUCCGACUCACAGCACCGCGUCACAGUCUCCUUUAGUCACCGAGAAGAUGGCAGCCGCAACCGUCUCAACUGCGUGAUCAACGAGAUCAAGCUCUACCUGGCUGGUGGUUUGGAGGUGGGUGCUCGUGUUCAAGCAGUCCGCCCCAUCAGCUACGACGGGUUGGCGCCUGUUCCAACAGGAUCUGUGGGUACAGUGGUCGGCCCUGCCAUUGAUGAGCCCUUGGCCCGCAUAGUCGUUCGCUGGGACUCUGCAUCGCCCACAGGAACCCCACCCGAGAGGGAGGCGCACUCCGACGAUGUUCGGCUCAUGAUUGCCGGCGGUUUUAGGCGUGGGGAGACCGUGCUGGCCGCCAAGGAUCUACGUGUUAAAGGCGUAGUGGUGGUCAAGCAGAAUGUGUUAGGGACCGUGGUAGGGCAAAGCUCAACAGAUCCAGCUGGUCGAGUGACUGUUGCCUUCGCUCGACGAGAAGACGGGCGCAGCAACAACUUGAACGUGGUUCCAGCUGAGAUCCAGCACAUGCCUUGCACUGGUGGGCUGGUUCCUGGAGACCGUGUCGCGGCCCUGCGCCAGCUUUUGGUCGUACCAAAAGGUAGUCAGGGCGUGGUAGUCGGCCCAUCCUGCUCACAGUCCAGCAGGGUAGCUGUCCGAUUCAGCUCGCUGGAAAGCAGCGGCGACAAAGAGGGCGGCGAGGACGUUGUGCUCCACGUGGAGCCUGAAGAUUUGAAGGUCCUCAGUGCUGUGGCGGAAGACGUGGACGACGCGCUCCAGCCAGACAAGGAGGACGACACGGAAGACUCGGGACCAGCGCUUGCUGGCGGCUACUACAGAGGUGAUGCCGUCGCAGCAACUCGAGAUUUGCGUGUAGGCGGAAAGAUCGUCGUGCGCGCCAAUAUCCUUGGUACCGUGGUCGGUGAGAUCAGAAGAGUCGAGUCUACUUCUGCCGAGCAGGGUGAGAUUUGCGCGAUUUGUUUAGCCGAGCUGGAUGCAGAUGCUGAGGAGGACACGGGAGUGGUGGUACCUCAACCAUCAGACACACACGAUGUCGAGCACAACAGCUAUGGCACCUUCUACGAAGCCUGGCUGUCACCACAGGAUGACUUGCUAUUAUACGUGUUCAAGGGGACCUACACCUUCAAUGGAUGUCAAGAAAAGCGCUUCUGA